GUCUCCUCUUUUACGAAUGUUUGGGCGCGAAUUACUCUAAGCGCGGCUCCCAGAAGGGUGCAAGAAGAAUCAGUGGUUAGAAACACAGUGAAAAGAAAUAAAAAUCAUCUAAAAGAUCUGUCUUCUGAAGGACAAACAAAGCACACUAACCUAAAACAGAUAAAGAUAGCACCCAACAAGAGAAAAACAUGGCAACCUCUGUCAAAGAGUACCAGAGACUAUUUGCAAACUAUGAUGGAAUCAGUAAUAAGCACAAUUUUGAGUAACAGAAUUAAAGAUAAAGAAGAAAUACAAUACCAUCUCAACUUCCUGAAGAACAGAUUGCUACAACUGUGUGAAACCCUGAAAGUCCCUCCCAAAAAGAUGGAAGAUUUAACUAAUGUGUCAAGGCUACUGAAUAUGGAAAGGGCACGAGGCAAAGCUAAUGAAGAAGGUCUGGCAUUACUGCAGGAAGAAAUAGAUAAAAUGGUAGAGACCACAGAGUUAAUGACUGGGAAUAUUCAGAGCCUAAAGAACAGAAUUCAGAUUCUGGCAAGUGAGGUGGAAGAAGAGGAGGAGAGGGUAAAACAGAUGCAUCAAAUAAAUACUAGUGGAGUACUCUCUCUUCCAGAACUUUCUCAGAAAACUCUCAAAGCACCCACACUUCAGAAAGAAAUUUUGGCACUAAUUCCAAACCAGAAUGCUCUUCUAAAGGACUUGGAUAUUCUUCAUAAUUCAUCACAUAUGAAGAGCAUGUCAACCUUCAUUGAAGAAGCCUAUAAGAAACUGAAUGCCUCUUAAAGAGCUUUUUUAUUUUUUAGAUUGUUCUAUAUUAAUUUAAUGUUCAUGAAUUUGUAAAACUGUUAACCUCUGAUUAUAUGUACAGAGGCUAAGGCUUCUGCAGGAUUUAUUAUCUCCUGAUAUGCACUUUAAAAUUAGUCUUUGUAGGUCUAUCAUUAGCAUCUAAUGUAGUUCUGAAAACUGUGUUUAGCAGUUGCCAUUUCUAGGAAGCUAACAUUUAUAUUGCUCUAUCAAUAAGUAUUUGCCUAGAACCACAAAAUAGGAAUUGCCUUAAGGAUCGAAUAGUUUAUAAUGCCUCAAUGGAGGUCAUUUAUUGAUUAACAGCUCAUAUCAGGAACUGUGAUAAGUAAGUGUUUACAUAUAGUGUCUAGUGCAUAAAAACCUAAGCGUUUGCUGUCAUUCAUUCUGUGGCCAAUGGCUUACAUUAAGUUUCUGUCUGGUCAUCUGGAACUUGAAAAAUCCUCAAAUGCCUUCACUCUUUUACCUAAUUCCCUAGUCUUUUUUGGGAAGUAGUUAAGAUAUGCCUGGUAUCUUUAACUUUGGAGGUAGUAUCAAAAUUUUACUUCUUUGGUGGUUUAGUGAAUUAAUGUUGAAUAUUUAUUUUCUACUGUCAUCAAAACAUACUCCCAAAAAGUAUUAAAAAGGAACCUUAGCACAUUUAUUUCAUUAAAACAAAAAAAACCCAAAAAACUUUAUAAACCUUUUCUCAUCAUGACAGUAAGCUUAUAUAUGGGAAUAAAUUAUAACCUAAUAUAUCAAAAAUUAUUUCUAACUACAGUAUACUGUCUUGGGUUUUUUUGUUUUUUGUUGUUUUUUUUUUUUAUCUGUAAAAUAAAAUGACUGCAAUUACUUUUU